UAUAUAUAUAUAUAUAUAUAUAUCGAUGUAUUCGCCUUUUAUAUUGGGUUAUAUGGAUUUAUUUGUAUUUUGCGCCAAGUGGUGUAGAAGCGGUGUAAUGUAAUUUAGGUGUGUGCAUUGGGUGUUAUACACGAGACCAUCUUGGUGUUGAAGGCUCAGCUGAGAGUGGUCGCAAGUUGGAACAAGUUGAGUGAGGUGGUGGCCAAAACCAUCAGUAGUUUCAAAGCGUUAUACUGUAUGGCAGAGUGCUGGGAAGACGGGACACCACGAGCGUAGCUCUCCCCCUGUAACUACACAUAGGUCGCAAGUAUGGGUGCUAUUGCAAAGACAGUCCAAGUGUCUUCAGAAAAGGACAUACUAGAUGGCUGGGAUCCACGACUGGAAGACUACCUUAACAGUCAGAGUUCCACUGUAAAUUGUGAGGGACCAGGUGCUAAUUUCUCUCGAACUGCCAAUCUGGCAAGGUGUAAGGAAAUGGUCCGUGAGCCUUGUGGUGUUUAUGUCCGCAAUGUUCCCUGCACAAUGAGUAGUGAGGGCCUUAGCAGGCUAUUCAGUGAGUACGGGAAGGUUCUCAGUGUGUUCGUCGGAAAACCGAGGGAAGAAUUUCUAAAGUCUGGUAUCACUUGGGCCAUUGUGAAAGUGGCGAGCAUGAGGGAUGCAAUGACCAUGAUAUCUGCAUUGGACCAUAAGUCACCUAUGAAUUUGAGGGUGGAAUUGGCGAUGACGGAUGAAGAGAGAGGUAAAAGACGGAGAGAGAGAGACUUACAAAAGGCAUAUGAUCAAAUGCAGGUGGAUGAACGUGUUACAAGGGUAACCAAAAACGAGCCACCACUUGCAUCGCCUCAACUCAACCCAACCCAUCCCCACCAGGUUUCUCUAGGACGUGGAAAAAUGAUCUCUUUAAAACACAAAAAAAAUGACGUGGCGUUUGGUCAGCCGGGAAAAGUAAACUUCAACACCAAACAAGGCAUUACAGCUUCAGCCGUCACAAAUGAUGACUCUGCACCGAGUGUAACACAGUGUCAACCAAGAGGCAACAAGGAUUUUGUGGAAAUUGGCAACGGCACCGUGGUUGAAGGGUGGAAGCCACCUCGUCCCUGUAUAUCAUGUAAAAACGACGGCAAGUUAAGGUGCUCGGUGUGCAAGGCCUGGUAUUGUAGCAAGGAGUGUCAAGUAGAUGACUGGUACUACCACCGACACGACUGCAUCCCUCCACCACCUCUGGAAGAACCUUGCAAUCAAGUUGAGAGUGUGGGAGAGACUGUGACUGUCAAGGACCAGUCACCCCUCUUGAGUGACAGCAUGCGUGCUGAUGGCAAAGAAAGCAUUUUAACGCAGUUCUCUGCCUCAUACUUCUCAGACCAGACACAGAAAGCUGCAUCCCCACAGGAAACUGCAGAGAAGGUCUCAUCACCGGAUGCACAACUGCUACAGAAUUCUAUAAAUAAUGAAACAGUAAAAGAAAGUCAUCACAUGCAGUUGAAAAACUGUGAAAGUGUAAAUCAGAGCGAUAAUAACAAGCUGCCAGAAAACUUGAGCUAUGGAAGUAAUACACUGCCAAAUACCUUGAAACAAAAAGUCAUGUUGUGUAGAAAAAAUCUGCAAUCAGCAAUGAGUAAAGUAAGAGACACUCAAAAGUUACCAGUAGGGAGUAGUGAAAGCCAUGAGAUAAAACCACAACUCGCCAGCACCUGUACAAAUAGGAAAAGUGUGAGAUUGACAAAUCCAAUACUAAGAUCUGGCCAACUGCGGAGACCCUUUGAUAAAGUGAAGAGCUCAGUUGGGCAGACGGCUAAUGAUAAUUCUAAGGAAUCUACCGAAGCAUUUGUAAGUUCUCGAGCGAUAACUGACAUGGGAAAGGCAAAUGCUGAGCGUAAUGUGUUUGACAGUGGUAAUUUAAAACUAAAUUGUCACCCAGAAUCUGCUGUACUAAAUGAAAAAAUGCCUCUAAAUAAAACUUCUCUAACUUACUGCAAUACAGAGGACACUCCACAAAACUUAAGGUCAUCGUCUUCAAUGAUACCUUCAUUACACCCUCACUCAUCAACAGCAGGAAAACAAUCCAAUGGUUCUUCCGAGUUAAUGGAAUCUCUACAAAAUACACCAUGUGUCUUGGAUGACUUGAAGUUAGAUAAUGAAUAUAAUGGAGUUGUCAUGCUGGUUGAAGACGAUUGCAUGAAGUUUACUGCUCUUGUUUUGGUUGAUGCUGUUAAAACUGUAGUCUUUGAAGGACAUGAGGUAUUGGCCAGUGUUCCCCAGGACCCAACAUUUAAGCCUGUGGUUGGAUCUCGAGUGGCUGCAGUUUCGUCAUUUGACAAUACCUGGUGUCGUGCGUAUGUGUAUAAAAUAGAAGGUGAGAAGUUCCAUGUGUUUUUUAUAGACUUUGGUAAUAUGGAAACGGUACAUGUGGUUAAACCUCUUCCAGCAGGGCCAUUUUCGGAGUUACCAGGUCUUGCCUUCAUUGCCAAAGUUCAUUCUAAAGUGACACCUGAAAUUCAGCAGCAGCUGCAGACAGUUAUAACAGUAAAUACUGAAAUAAAGUUCAAGGUUGUUGGUAAAAAGUCAAAAUCUCUGAAAGUUUUAUUGUUGCAGAGUUGCUCAGACAGUGUAAUUACAGACUUUAUCCUAAGACCAUGGUACUUUGCUCUUCCUUUGCCACAAGACUCCAAGAUGACGAUAUCAAGGACCACUCCAGGGCAUCUGGCAAAAUUUGAUGUGAAGCCCAGUGCACCAGAGGCUAACUUCUGCCAGGACAGACCAGUAGAUGAUAAGUCAAAUAAGAUAAAUUCUGAACAGAUACCUUUAAAUUCAUCUUCUAAGGCAAACCUCACAAAACAUACAGGAUUUGUUCCGCUUUCCGCUCAGAGAUCUGUGGCAUUGAAGAGCUCGUGUCCAAUUGGUGAACGUGCUAAAAGCGUACCAGGUGUUAAUGUUCUUGAGCAAUGUUCUCUUAAAAAUCAACCAGAUAAUGUAAGAGGGCAGAAAUUUAUAGGCAAUGAGUCUUUGAAAAUUAAGGAUAACAAAUCUUCAUUGCUAAGCUUGCCUCCAAAAACCUCCACGGCUAGAGAGAAGUUUUGGGCUCGAGACCUUGGCAAGAUAGAGUUGAAAUGCGACCACGAUUAUAAAGUGCUUCCGGUGUCGGUUGACGCGGAAAAUCACCUGUACGUGCACAUUGUGACAAACAAGUCUAUUGGGGACUUUCAGCAGUUGAUGGAAAGCAUUACAGUACAUUGUGAGACAGGAACUGCACCAUCUGAUUUGGAAGUUGGAGAGUUAGUGUGUGGUUUUGUGGUUGGUGAUGGACAGUGGUACCGUGGUGAGGUGGUCAAGAUUGUGGCUGAACUUGUAACGUUGCUCCUAGUUGACUUUGGCUACGAGGAGAGUGUUCUUCUGGUCAACGUCAGGGAAUUUUCUGCCAAUUUUAUGAAGUUUCCUUGUGUUUGUGUCAAGGUGAAACUACAUAAUGUAUCAAAAGAUGACAGUGAAGCACAGAGGAAAAUAUCUGAAUUGAUUAAAUCAUCACCACAACUGAUCAUGUAUUGUCGAAGGAAAGACUGUUUUGAAUUUCAUCUUUUUGAUGUCCAGAACAAUGUGGUGUUGAAUGAUGAGCUCUCAUCACAUAAAAGAACACCAGUUUAUCAAGAGACCUCAUCAGCAGCAUCUUCUCUUCUGGUAAGAAAACUCCCUCAAGAAGACAUCAACGCCGCCAACAAGUGUUCUUCCUCUUCAAACAUCACUAAUUUCCAGUCCUCGACAAAUCCUCUUGACCAAAAAAAGUCAUUCCCUAAAACAGGGCCUUUCUCUCCACGAAACUUCCCUGAAUCCAAGAAGUUGUCCAUUCCUACUGAUUCAGUAUCUUCAGUAAAGCAGAAUACACCUGAAAAAUUGCCCAUGGAAGCUCGGCUAACCACGAGUCCUGCAACAGACUUGAUCCACAGUAUGGCUAAUAAAAACCUCUGUAACCCUUCCAGUGCUUCAAAUGAUACACCUUCAUCAGCCAUCCAGCUAACCAACCCAAAGGCCAUUGUUCAACAGAAUAAUGAAUGUGAUAGUUUUACUAUACCCACAAGGGAGAGCAAAGGUAUCGGGCGUAAGGUGCCAAUGUAUGAUACCUGUAAGAGCACGGUGCUUCCUAUAGCCAAAGGUGUGGAAGUUGUUCUUAUGGAAGUUAGUGACGCUCUCAGCAUAUUUGUCAUUCCAAAGGCCUCUCUAUUUCUGUUUGAUGAACUGGAAGACAUGACGACAUCCAUAACCAACUACUGCGAGAGCCGCCCCAACUCUUUGUACAGACCUAAGAUUGGAGAAAUGUGCCUGGGCAAGUUCAGCGAAGAUGGCAAGUGGUACAGAGCUGCAUGUCUUGAACCACGAUUGGAAAGUGCCUUUGUAAUAUUUGUAGACUUUGGAAACAUGGAAGACGUGCCUAACAGCAAUUUACGACCGAUGGAGGAGUCAUUCCUGGAGCUGCCUUGUUUGGCUCUUCAUUGUCUUCUUGAUGGUGUAUCCGGGAAAAAUAUUAAAGAGGCGGCGAAACCUCGCUUGCAUGAACUCCUUCCUGCUCUUUCGGUAGUUGAAGUGGACGUUUUAGAACAUUGCGACGAUGGAACCUACGUUAUUGCCAUUCCAAAAGUAUUAGAGGCUUUGAUAUCGGAAGAUCUUUUGGAGUAACCCUAGAUGUGGUCCCAUUAUCAUGGCUAUUACAAGGCCAUUUUGAUAAAUAGGUCACCAUCAGAAUUUCAGUUGUUUUUAUGCAUCUGUAUUUCAAAACUGGGAGUUCAGGUGAUGUCAUUAAUUUUGUUUCCCCUACUACUGAGUGGUAUUUCAGACUUGUUUAGUUAUCGAGUAUUGCAUUUAGUUAUCGAUCUUUAUUUAUUGUUUCCAGACCCUUUAAUACCUGUUAUGGUAUGACUUUAUUUUGAUGUAACUAUGAGUGGAGUUUUUGUAGUCGAUCAUUUAUUAUGAGUCACGUAGAAAAGAAUUGUGUGUUAUGCUGUAUUUUCGAGGUGGCUAUUUUAUCCUUUGUUUUUUGUGUGUGCGCUUUACUGCAAUUUUUUUCCUUGAAUCUUCUGUGCCCCCCCCCCAACCCCUCCCCCUCGGUAAAA